AUGCCUAGUUUGAAGACUGCUGCUCCAAAAGCGAAAUUUUCCAUCUUUAAUAGUUCAGAUUCGGGUCCGGAAUCCGUUUCUGCGGAGUUUCAGGGAUAUUCCUUCGGUGCUCCAGUAUCAUGUAACGGUGAAGCAGUGUUUACUACUUCUUUGGUUGGCUAUCCUGAAUCAAUGACCGACCCUUCUUAUAAGAGUCAGAUUCUUGUUUUCACUCAACCUUUGAUUGGUAACUACGGUGUGCCAGAUACAGAAGCCCGUGACGAAUUCAAUUUAUUGAAAUAUCUCGAAUCUCCUCACAUCCACGUCCGUGGUAUUGUUGUCGCUGAAUACGCCUGGAGAUACUCUCAUUGGACUGCUGUUGAAAGUUUGGCAGCUUGGUGCAAAAGAGAAAAUGUCACUGCCAUUGGUGGUGUUGAUACUCGUGCCGUGGUCCAAAUUUUGAGAGAACAAGGUUCCUCUCCAGCUACCAUUGAAAUCCAAGGUUCAUUUGAGCCUAAACCGGUUAAGGCUGAGACAGAUUUGGUGAAGACAGUUUCAACGAAAGAGCCAUUCUUUGUGAAAGCCCUUCCUUCUGUUAAGACACCUUAUAAUAUUGCUUUAAUUGAUUGUGGUGUUAAGGAAAACAUCAUUAGAUGCCUAGUGGAAAGAGGCGCAAAUGUUACUGUUUUCCCAUAUGACUACCCAAUCACUUCAGUCGCAAACCAGUUUGAUGGUAUAUUCAUUUCAAAUGGUCCUGGUGACCCAAUCCAGUGCAUGGAUUCUACCGUUCCAGAGUUACAAAACCUUUUACAAACGGAUAGUUUAAGAGAUAUUCCAAUUUUUGGUAUCUGUUUGGGUCAUCAAUUGUUAGCCUUGGCUUCAGGAGCUAAAACUGUGAAGUUGGGAUAUGGUAACAGAGCUCAUAAUAUCCCAGCCCUUGACCUAACAACCGGUCAAUGCUAUAUUACAUCCCAGAACCAUGGUUAUGCCGUAGAUGCUGAUACAUUGCCUUCGUCUGAGUUUAAGCCAUUUUUCCAAAAUUUGAAUGACAAAUCCAAUGAAGGUAUGAUCCAUGUCUCAAGACCUGUCUUUUCCACCCAAUUUCACCCAGAGGCCAAAGGUGGUCCAAGAGAUUCUGCAGUGCUAUUUGACAGAUACUUCUGCAACAUGGCCAGCUAUAAAGCUUCUAGAGGCUCCAAAAUUAAAUUCACCUUAGAUACUACAUCGAUGUCCACCGAAAGGGUAUUUUGA